CUUCCGGGCGGGACAGGUUGGCUUCCGGCGGGAGCGCCGCCGCGGAUGGCCGCGUACCGGGCCGCUCUCGGGGGUUCGCUCGCGGCUGCCCGACUCCUGCCCCUCGGCCGCUGCCGCCCGUCCCCCGCGCCCGGUUCUACCUUGUCGGGCGCCGCCAUGGAGCCCGCGCCUUGCUGGCUGGCGGGGCUGCGCUUCGACAACCGCGCCCUGCGCGCGCUGCCGGUGGAGGCGCCGCCUCCUGGUUCCGAGGGCGCCCCGUCCGCGCCGCGGCCGGUGCCCGGGGCCUGCUUCACCCGCGUGCGGCCCACCCCGCUGCGGCAGCCGCGCCUCGUGGCGCUGUCGGAGCCCGCGCUGGCACUGCUGGGCCUGGGCGCGCCGCCCGCGGGCGAGGCCGAGGCCGAGGCCGCGCUGUUCUUCAGCGGCAACGCGCUCCUGCCGGGCACUGAGCCCGCCGCGCACUGCUACUGCGGCCACCAGUUCGGCCAGUUCGCCGGGCAGCUGGGCGACGGCGCCGCCAUGUACCUGGGCGAGGUGUGCACGGCGAGCGGCGAGCGGUGGGAGCUGCAGCUUAAGGGCGCUGGGCCCACGCCCUUCUCCAGACAGGCCGAUGGUCGCAAGGUCCUGCGGUCGAGCAUCCGGGAGUUCCUCUGCAGCGAAGCCAUGUUCCACCUGGGAGUCCCCACCACACGGGCCGGCGCCUGCGUCACGUCCGAGUCCACGGUGGUGCGCGACGUGUUCUAUGAUGGUAAUCCCAAAUAUGAACAAUGCACGGUUGUGUUGCGUAUAGCUUCCACUUUCAUAAGGUUUGGAUCCUUUGAGAUUUUUAAGUCUGCAGAUGAGCACACAGGGCGUGCAGGCCCCAGCGUGGGGAGGAACGACAUUCGCGUGCAGCUGCUUGACUAUGUCAUCAGCUCCUUUUACCCUGAGAUCCAGGCUGCUCACGCCAGUGACCGCGUGCAGAGAAACGCCGCCUUCUUCCGGGAGGUGACGCGGCGCACGGCCUGGAUGGUGGCUGAGUGGCAGUGCGUGGGCUUCUGCCACGGCGUGCUCAACACCGACAACAUGAGCAUCCUGGGGCUCACCAUCGACUACGGGCCCUUCGGCUUCCUGGACAGGUAUGACCCUGACCACGUGUGCAAUGCCUCCGACAACACCGGCCGCUACGCAUACAGCAAGCAGCCCGAGGUGUGCAAGUGGAACCUGCAGAAGCUGGCCGAGGCCCUGCAGCCAGAGCUGCCCCUGGAGCUGGGCGAGGCCAUCCUGGCCGAGGAGUUUGACGUCGAGUUCCAAAGGCACUACAUGCAGAAGAUGCGCAGGAAGCUGGGCCUUGUGCAGGUGGAGCUGGAGGAAGACAGGGCGCUGGUGUCCAAGCUCCUGGAGACCAUGCACCUGACCGGUGCUGACUUCACAAACACCUUCUUCUUGCUGAGCUCCUUCCCAGUGGAGCUGGAGUCGCCAGGCCUGGCGGAGUUCCUGGCCAGGCUGAUGGAGCAGUGUGCCUCCCUGGAGGAGCUGAGGCUGGCCUUCCGGCCCCAGAUGGAUCCCCGGCAGCUAUCCAUGAUGCUGAUGCUGGCACAGUCAAACCCGCAGCUGUUCGCACUCAUGGGCACCCGGGCGGGCAUCGCCAGGGAGCUGGAGCGUGUGGAGCAGCAGUCUCGGCUGGAGCAGCUGAGCAAGGCAGAGCUGCAGAGCAGGAACCAGGGCCACUGGGCCGACUGGCUGCAGGCGUACAGAGCCCGGCUGGACAAGGACCUGGAAGGCGCCGGGGACGCUGCUGCUUGGCAGGCUGAGCGUGUGCGCGUGAUGCACGCCAACAACCCCAAGUACGUGCUGAGGAACUACAUCGCGCAGAACGCCAUCGAGGCUGCCGAGCAUGGGGACUUUUCAGAGGUGCGGCGGGUGCUGAAGCUACUGGAGAACCCUUACCACUGCGAGGCGGGGGCUGCCACAGAUCCCGAGGCCACGGAGGCCGAUGGGGCGGACGGCAGGCAGCGCUCCUACAGCAGUAAGCCCCCGCUCUGGGCAGCAGAACUGUGCGUGACAUGAUCUUCCUAAUGGCCUCGGUGCGCUCCACACCCCUGGAGCCUCCCGAGGCCCCCGUGUGCUGCCGAGUGGCUGAGACAGUGCCGGGCUGCCUUCUGCACUGGGGGAUCCUGCCCGGGCCCAUGCACACCUGUCUUUCCAUGAUGGCAGAGACAUCUAGUCAGGACCUGACCUGUCUCUGUUUGAGGCCAGCUCAGCAGUGCAGCCUGGUCCCUGGGGGCUGGACCCAGGCUCCUAAAUAAACCAGCAGCUCCCUC